GGUACGGCCCAAGGCGGAAGCAGCGCCGGCGCGGAACCCGCUCUGCCGCAGCGAUGGCUGCCGGUGUACCCUGCGCGCUGGUUACCAGCUGCUCCGCCACCUUCACCGGGGACCGGCUGGUGCAACAUAUCCUUGGGACAGAAGAUGCUGUUGUGGAAGCAACUUCCAGCGAUGCUGUGAGGUUUUACCCCUGGACCAUCGAUAACAAGUACUAUUCCGCAGAGAUCAACCUGUGCGUGGUGCCAAGCAAGUUCCUGGUCACUGCUGAGAUUGCCGAGUCAGUCCAGGCGUUUGUAGUUUACUUUGACAGCACACAGAAAUCAGGUCUUGACAGCGUCUCCUCGUGGCUCCCUCUGGCAGAAGCAUGGCUAGCUGAGGUGAUGAUCCUGGUCUGUGAUAGAGUGUGUGACGAUGGAAUAAACCGACAACAGGCUCAAGAGUGGUGCAUCAAACAUGGCUUUGAGUUGGUGGAACUCAACCCAGAGGAGCUGCCCGAGGAGGACGAUGACUUCCCUGAAUCUACAGGUGUAAAGCGGAUUGUACAAGCAUUGAAUGCCAAUGUCUGGUCCAAUGUCGUGAUGAAGAGUGACAGGAGCCAGGGCUUCAGCCUUCUCAACUCACUGGCUGGGGCAAACCGCAGAGUUGCAUCAGCAGAGAGCUGUCACUCUGAGCAGCAGGAGCCGUCGCCAACAGCUGAGAGGACAGAGUCCCUCCCUGGCCAUCACAGUGGUGCGUGUGGCUCAGCAGGCGCACAGGUUGACAGCAUUGUCGACCCCAUGUUAGACCUGGAUAUUCAAGAACUAGCCAGUCUUACCACUGGAGGAGGUGAUCUGGAGAACUUCGAGAGACUCUUUUCAAAGUUAAAAGAAAUGAAAGACAAGGCUGCGACGCUUCCUCAUGAGCAAAGAAAGUUGCAUGCAGAAAAGGUGGCCAAAGCCUUCUGGAUGGCAAUAGGAGGGGACCGAGAUGAGAUCGAGGGCCUUUCUUCUGAUGACGAGCACUAAGCUCUUCCUGCUAGGUUUGACUGACUCCAGUGCCAGCACCGUGCUCCCCAAGUGCUUCCCUUCUCAACGGGGUUCUCUUCUGCCAAGAUUGCCACUAGCACGCUGGCCACCUGACUGGUUUUUGGGGUCCCUUACCUGAGCUUUUAGAAAGGCGUUAGGGAGAAAUCUUUGUUCCUGCCGCAUAAGUGACUGAGGAGUGAAAUGACAGUGUGGAAACCCUUCAGAUCUACAGUCUUCGUUUUAAGAACCUGGGUAAAAUGAGGCUCGGAAAUGUGUAAUACAGGAGAACCAAGUGUCAGAGAGCACACUGUGACCUCAGCACUGAGGGUCUGAGGCCAGCCUGGGCUCCAUGGGGAGUUCUGCUGCUGUGCUCGAUUGCCCCGUUCAUUCUGUCUGCAGGUCCGGAGCUUGUGCUAUCGGCUGUGUACUGUCACUGGUCCCCGCCAAGAGCACAGCUCUGACCUAAGGUGAAUGCUGGUGACAAGAAAGGCAGCUGUAGAUGUAGGAUGUGCCUAGGGGAUAGGGAACAGGUGGCUCAUGGGUUUGUCUCUUAGUAAGUCCUUAGUAAGUUCAGUGUCUGAGUUCCUGCCACAAAGCAGCAAAAGCCAGGUGUGUCUCUAUAAGAAACAGAGGUGAAAGUUUCCUCCUCUGGGGAAUGUAAACUCCCCUCUCCCCACUGCUGGGCAAGGGCCCUGAGUGCCCUCCUGAGGACCCAGGGAGCAGCAGUGUUGGUUCUGAGCACACUGCUGACACUGGCAGCUGUGCUCUUCGACCACUGAGUGUUCUCCCUGGCAAUGUGAGGUUUCAGAGCAGGUCUCCCCUUCUUUCUGCUUGGAAGCCAGAGGUUGCUGUCAAGGCACCAGUUCCAAGCAGUGGGGGGAUAGGUGAGCCUCCCGACAGCCAGGUCCUGAGCCACCAUCAUGGUUCACUUCCAGGGCUAUUGGCUUCUCCAUACUCCAGGGCCCAGCCCCAGGGGAGCACAGAGCAAAGUUCUAAAGGAAAAGAGGGGAAAAGGUCUAAAAGUGCGUAGUCUGUCAUCACAGACACUUCUGUGAGGCAGGCUUGAGUCCCCUGCAUUGUCAUGGGUCUCUAAGGAUAUGCAGCCAUGUACAUGGUACUCAUCGUGGGCUGAGAGCUGGCCUGACUUAGUGUCAACCAUGACUUAGGUCAUGACCAGAAACAAGACGCGCCUGCUUGGGUACCACUUACAGGACCUGAAACAUGCUUAGCCAGGCCAGAACCAACCCAGGGAGGAGGCAUGAUCCUGGUGAUGGUGGUAUUCUAGAAACAGUGGGUGCUGCUUUGCUCCGGGUUCCUGGGUUCCCACUCCCCACAUUCUGAUCUUGUAAGCUUUGAGCUUGGGUUUACCACCAGCCUUUCAGGGGGACUAAUACUUUAAUGUGAGUGCAUUCGCUACUGGUUAAGAAGGGAAAUUAGGGAAGUCGGCUGUGGGUUGCCAGAAAGGUAGAACUUGUUUUUCUUAAAAUAUGGAAGAUUUUAGAAAAUAUAUUAGGUCACAUGAUUAGGGAAAAAAUAGACUAGAAAAGGCUGUGGACUUGAUUUUGCUGACUAAACAAACCCAAGUAAUUAAAAGAUGACUUAUUUAUAAAGUCUGCUAAUGUGUUUUGUUCUGUUUGGGAAGAGGUGUGAGUUGGUGGAAGCCUGGUGUCUUUUGUAGUAGACAUACAGUCCGAAGAGUUUGUUGCCUGUAAUGUUUCAGAAUCUACUUUGCCUAUAUAUUCCUGAGCUGGUGCUGUGGUGAUAGGUGUUGUCUAACUUAUGUGCACAUAAGUUAGAGUUCCGGGGGGACUGAAGGUAAGAAACUGGUUUUCUGCCUUAAAUACUUCUUGUUUCUGUAACAAAGUGCUUGGCACAUAGUAGGUCCACAAUUUUUGUUGACAAGUACAAUCUGCUUGGUGGAAAUGAUCACAGAGUCUGAAGAUCCAUGAGUUCUAGAAAUGAGAGAGAGAGAGAGAGAAUAUGAAUAUGAGAGUCAAAUUUUUCUUCCCUGAAACAAUCAUAUUAUGUAAUGAUUUCAAAGUGAUGAAAGCAAGGCUAUUUUUACAGUUUGAAAAUAUGGCAGAGAAUGAGAAGGUUGACAGAACCAGCUGGCUUGCUCUCUAUUUAUAGAACUUGGCCACAUCUGAUCUAGAGAAACUAAAGAUUUGGGGAAGCUGGGCUUAAAUAGUGGGGCAAUGUAGAAUGUGGUUCAAGGAUCAUAGGCAUACACCAGGCCUCUCCUGUGAACUGCUCCGAACAAGAGGAAGAUGUGUGCCUACUGUCACCCUCCCGCUGUGGAGAGCUGGGAGGAACGUCUUGACAGUUUAUCAUGUUCCUUGGGAUAGUCUCCUUUAAAUUUAUUUUUGCAUGUAUGGGUGUUUUGCCAUUUUUGCCUGCAGGUAUGACUACACCACAUGGUGCCUGUGGAGGUCAGAAGAAGGAGUUGGAUCGUCUGGGACUGGCAUUACAGAUGUUUGUGAGCUGCCAUUUGGGUGCUGGGAGCUGAUUCCAGGUCCUCUGGAAGAGGAAUCAGUGCUCUUGGGAUGGUCUCUUAACAGUGACCAUUGAGAGAGCAUGAAACAUGGCCCCUUACCCUUGUGUAAGCAGGAGAGUCAUGGUGGAGGGGUAAGAUAUGGGCUCUAGGGACUAUUUUGAGGGUGGGUGUUUGCUGCUGUUAAGCUAAAUUUAGCAAGUGUCUAGAAUGGACAGGGGUUCUGGUUCAUUAGAGCUCUGCUUGAAGGAGAGAGCUUAAGCAAAUGCGCUGAUGACCAGACGUGCUCUUCACACACACACACCCGUCUACAGGGGACAACUGAGCAUUGGAUCAUUAUCUAACAGUCUCAGAGCCUACAGGGAGAGAGAAUGUAAUCAUCUUCCCCAGUGCUCGGGCUCGUGGGCUGCUCAGACUGGAAGUUGACAUCCCCUUUGUGUACCUGGGCAGUGAAGUGCUGCCACAGAGCAGAAGGCAGGGCUCUGCUCAGUGACCCGCCUUACACCUUAGGCGCACACACUGAGUCUCAUGUUCUCCACGGAGCUGCUCUAUACCCUAACUAUGAGGGAAGUAGGUUCCAGUGCCGAGAGCAUCUUGCUUGAUUCUGGUUGUUCCUCUGGUGUGUGGAAUGAACAGUUAAUAGCAGUCAUGUGUAUCUAUCCUCAGAAUGCUGGGCAGCCCAUUUCCUGUGUCCUAGUGAUUGAACAGUUCCACUCCCCCAUCCCUCCUUAUGGAAAAGUACAGAUUCAAAACCUGGCCUUAAAAUUAUGACUAUCUUUGGCAUACAAACUUGCUUGGUGUACAUGUGUGUAUGGGGAGCGGGAGUCUUAAAGCCUUUGUGUGUGCUACAUUUAUUUAUGUGUGUGUGUACAUGUGUGCCACUUGGUGUAUGUGAAGGUCAGAGGACAACUUUAAGGAGUUUGUUCUCUCCUUUCACGGUGUGGGUCCUUGAGACUUGAAUUCAGGUCAUCAGUGGUGGCAGCAAGCCCCUUGACCCACUGAGCCAUCUUGCCAGCCCGUUUCUUUUGUUUUCGAGAUGUAGUUUUGCCACACAGGCCUUCAGUGUUCAGUCCUCUUACCUCAGGCUCUUGAGAGCUCGGGUGGCAAGUGUACUACGCCCGUGCAUGCUCACCCACCAAGAAGCUGGGCAGCAGACACUCCAGCUCAGCUUGCUAACCAGGAGCCUCUCUGCUGUCCUUGGGAAAGAAGUGGCCAUCAGAUGGCUUUAAUGCUACGGAGGUGUGAGCUCACUGAUGUCCAGGAUCUGUGCUUUAUAAAGAUAACAGUGUUGGUGGGAAGAAACAUAGAUUUAACCUGAAUUUAAGGACUUGGACUGCAUUAAUGACACUCCCUAGGAAACCUCCAGACACUCAUCAUUAGCAAAGUUCAGUUGCUUCAACUUGACUUUGAACCCUGCUAAGGCUGAACCAGCCUCAUGACCUGUGACUCUUGGUGCCGGCAUCGGAGCGAGCAUGACGGAGGAGUCGGUCUUGAGGAUGAUGUUUCUUUUCUCCUGGAGCUCAGACUUCAGUUCAGAGGGGAGUAAGAGGCAAGCAAGACAAGGUCACGUGACAGAAGGCCAAGCAGAAUGGGAAGAAAGUUACCACCAGCUUACACCACAGCUGUUUCCAAAUGCGAGCCCAACUCAGAACAGGCCCUACCCCAUAUCUGAUAAAGUUGGUGUAUGGUGGGACCUGAAAAGCCACAUUUGUACCAUCCUGGGUGAUACUGACACUCCUGGGGUGUGCUUUGAGAAUCCCGGGGAAGUAAUGCUGGAGUCCAGAUAAAAGCAAUAAAGAGUUCAUGCACACAGGU